GACUGAGACAGAAACCGCUGAGCGGUCGUGCCGCAUUCCUCUAGAGUCAGUUGAGCAUUGGACGUCCUCGUUAGCGGUUGCCUGUGGUCUUCUGUGCGGACGUGUGAAGCCGCUCCGAAACCAGCCAACGUUUAACUGAAAACUGCAAUUAUGCUCUAACAGUGCAAAUCCCAGCACAAGAAACAAAAGAAGUUAUAAAACCCACCUUGGCACAUUAUACAUAAGCUCGCAGAGAUCGAGGAGUUUGCGAGUCAUCCUAGUGUGCAUAGAACAAAGACUCUCCAUUGAUACCAUCAAAGUCACGAUGAAGCGCAGCAGGCGGAGUCUAAGCUUAGGCUCCUCCUCAAUGGCGCGUCUGCUGCUCGCUGGCAUGCUGCUCUGCCACUGUGCAACGGCGGCGUGGGGCAUGCAACGGCAGCCCAUCAACUCAGCGGGAGGACACGAGUUGCGAGGCACGACAUUCAUGCCUGCUUUGGAGUGCUACGAUCCCUAUGGCCGACCGCAGAAAUGCUUGCCGGAAUUCAUCAAUGCUGCCUAUCAACUGCAAAUCGAGUCGACAAACACUUGCGGCGAGCAGGGCGACAAUCACUUCUGCACGCAGAUGAUGAACUCGAAUCUCAAGAACUGCGGCGUCUGCAGUUAUGGUGAUCAUAGUCCCGCAUUCCUUACGGAUCUGCACGAUCCACAGAAUCCAUCGUGGUGGCAGUCGGAGACCAUGUUCGAGGGCAUUCAGCAUCCCAACCAUGUCAAUCUCACGCUGCAUUUACGUAAAUCGUAUGAUAUCACCUAUGUGCGCAUUCUUUUCCGCUCGCCGCGUCCCGAGUCCUUUACGAUCUACAAACGCACCUCAGAACACGGACCCUGGAUACCCUAUCAGUACUACAGCGCAACCUGUCGGGACAUCUACUCGCUGCCCGACUCCCGUGCCAUCCGCAAAGGCGAGGGUGAGGCUCAUGCUCUCUGCACGAGCGAGUACAGCGACAUCUCGCCUUUGAUUGAUGGUGAAAUUGCCUUCUCAACGCUCGAGGGUCGCCCAAGUGGCAUCAACUUUGAGCGCAGUCUGGAAUUGCAGGAUUGGGUGACGGCCACCGACAUUAGGAUCACGCUGGAUCGUUUGAACACCUUUGGUGAUGAACUGUUUGGCGAUUCGCAAGUGUUGAAAUCCUACUUCUAUGCCAUCAGUGAUAUUGCAGUGGGUGCUCGUUGCAAGUGCAACGGCCACGCAAGUAAGUGUGUGGCAAGUACAGGAAUGCAUGGCGAACGCACCCUCGUCUGCGAGUGUCGCCACAACACCGAUGGACCUGACUGUGAUCGCUGCUUGCCUCUCUACAACGACGUCAAGUGGAAGAGGGCAACAUCAACCGAAGUCAACGAGUGCAAAGCUUGUAACUGUAACGGCUUUGCGGACAAAUGCUACUUCGAUGCAAAUCUGUUCAAUUUGACGGGACACGGUGGUCAUUGUCUGGACUGUCGCGACAAUCGCGAUGGACCCAACUGCGAGCACUGCAAGGAGAACUUCUAUAUGCGUGACAACGCUUACUGUGUGAACUGUGGAUGCGAUCCCGUUGGUUCCCGUUCGCUGCAGUGCAACAGCCAGGGCAAGUGUCAGUGCAAGCCUGGCGUGACUGGCGACAAGUGUGAUCGCUGUGCCAACAACUACUUCCAGUUCGGACCACAUGGUUGCCAACCCUGUGGUUGUGAUGCCCAGGGCUCGCAGGAUAAUACGCCAGCUUGCGAUGCAGAGACGGGAAUUUGCUUCUGCAAGGAAAACGUCGAGGGCAGACGCUGCAAUGAGUGCAAACCUGGCUUCUUCAAUCUGGAUCGCAGCAAUCGCUUCGGUUGCACACCCUGCUUCUGCUAUGGCCACACCUCCGAGUGUCAGACUGCUCCCGGUUACUCUGUGGUCUCUGUCACUUCAAACUUUAACAAGCACAAGGAGCGCUGGACCGCUAUUGAUCCGAAUCGUCGCGAUGUCGACAUCAAGUACAAUCAAUACAGUCGCAGCAUCGGUACCACAGCUCAAGGCAAUGAAUACGUCUACUUCCAGGCGCCCGAUCGCUUCCUCGGCGAUCAGCGUGCCUCCUACAAUCGUGAUCUGAGCUUCAAGCUGCAACUGGUCGGUCAGGUGGGACCCAGCACCAGUGCCAGCGAUGUCAUUCUCGAGGGUGCUGGUAGCAAGGUGUCGCUGCCCAUCUUUGCCCAAGGCAACAGCAUCCCAGAUCAGGGAGUGAAGGAAUACAAGUUCCGCCUCCACGAGCAUCACGACUAUCAAUGGCAACCAAGUCAAUCGGCCCGUGGUUUCCUCUCCAUACUCUCCAAUCUCACGGCCAUCAAGAUCAGGGCCACCUACUCGGUGCAGGGCGAAGCAAAUCUCGAUGAUGUGGAGCUGCAAACGGCUCAUCGCGGCGCUGCGGGCAAACCUGCCACCUGGAUUGAGCAGUGUACAUGCCCGGAGGGUUAUUUGGGACAAUUCUGCGAGUCCUGCGCUCCCCGCUAUCGUCACAGUCCGGCACGUGGUGGACCUUUCAUGCCUUGCAUUCCCUGCGAUUGUCAUGGCCAUGCGGACAUUUGUGACUCGGAGACGGGCAGCUGCAUCUGUCAGCACAACACUCAAGGCGACAACUGUGAUCAGUGUGCCAAGGGCUACUAUGGCAACGCCUUGGGCGGCACUCCCAACGACUGCAAGCGUUGUCCGUGCCCCAACGAUGGCGCCUGUCUGCAGAUCAAUGGUGAUACCGUCAUCUGUACCGAGUGUCCGGUGGGUUACUUUGGCUCGCGUUGCGAACAGUGCAGCGAUGGCUUCUAUGGCGAUCCAACUGGUUUGCUGGGUGCGGUUCAGACCUGCAAGAGCUGCGACUGUAAUGGCAAUGUGGAUCCCAAUGCGGUGGGCAACUGCAAUCGCACCACCGGCGAGUGCCUGAAGUGUAUUCAUAAUACCGCUGGCCAGCACUGUGAUCAGUGUCUGCCUGGACAUUUCGGUGAUCCUUUGGCGCUGCCGCAUGGCAAAUGUGAUCGCUGCAGUUGCUAUGCUGCUGGCACCGAGCAGGACGAGAAGAGCAUCUCGCGUUGCGAUCAGGUCACUGGACAGUGUCAGUGCAAGCCCAAUGUGAUUGGACGCGACUGUGGCGAGUGUCAACCAGGUUACUUUAACAUUCGCUCGGGCAAUGGUUGCGAGAACUGUUUGUGCGAUCCUGUGGGCAGCUAUAACUCCACCUGUGAUCGACUCACUGGACAGUGUCACUGCAAACCGGGUGUGGUUGGUGUGCGUUGUGAUCAGUGUGAGAACUACUUCUUUGGCUUCUCCGUGGAUGGCUGCAAGUCAUGCGAGUGCGAUGCGAGUGGCUCACAGGGGUUCCAGUGCGAUCAGACGGGUCAGUGUCCAUGCAACGACAAUGUCGAGGGACAUCGUUGCGACCGUUGCAAGGAAAACAAAUACGAUCGUCAUCGCGGCUGCGUGGACUGUCCCGACUGCUACAAUCUGGUGCAGGAUGCGGCCAAUGUGCAUCGCGACAAGCUGAAAAAUUUGAGUUCCACUCUCGACGAAAUCGCUCGCACUCCUGUUACCAACGAUGAAGAGUUUGAGGGCAAGCUGCGCGCUGUGCAGGAUAAGGUUGCCGUUUUGGCACAGGAUGCACGCUCGGGCUCGGGUGAAGGGGGACAGACCUAUGUGGAGGUCAUUAACGAUCUGCACAAUCGCCUGGACAGCAUGCGUGGCCAUUUAGAGAGCGCCGAUGCUCUGCAGAAGAAUGCCAACGAUGAGAUUGUCAAGGCACGCAGCAAUUAUACGCAACUACACGAUAUUAUCGACGACGCCAAGAAGCAACUGCAACAGGCUUUGGAUCUGCUGAACGAUGAGGGAGCUCAAGCGCUGGCCAAGGCCAAGAAUAAGUCCGUGGAAUUUGGCGAGCAGUCCGAGCAAAUCUCCGAUAUAUCGCGUGAUGCACGCGCUCUUGCCGAUCGCUUGGAGUCGGAGGCACAGUACGAUCUGAAGAAUGCCAAGGACGCUAAGGAUGCCGUAGAAAAGGCGCAUCUGUUGGCCAAGAAUGCCAUUGAUCUGCAGCAAAAGGUGGGCGUCGAAUUGCGCUCCGAAGUGCGACUCGAGCUCGAUCAAGUGAAGCAAUCGCUGGGCGCCGUUGCUCAAACCUCCAAGGAGGCGUUGCGCAAGGCCAACGAAGUCUACGAUGCGGCUCUCACGCUGCUCAACGAUGUCAAUCGGCAGACACAGCCGGACAUUGACAUCGCUAAGUUGAAGCAGGAGGCGGUUGCGGCCAACGAACGUGCCGACUUGCUGCUCAAGCAGAUCAACGACUUGUCCGACGCCAAUGGCAAUAUCUUCGACGAAUUUGCUACCGAAAGCAAGCUGGCCCAAGUGGUGCUUCAACGCGCCGAUACCCAAAAGAAGGACGACAUUGAGCUGCUUGCGCGUGCCAAGGCAGCACAUGAGCGUGCCACCAAGGCUGUGGAGCAAGGCGACAAUACGCUCAAGGAGGCCAACAACACUUACACCAAGCUUGCCGGGUUCCAGUCUGAUGUGCAGCGCUCUUCGGAGAAGGCAGCCCAGGCUAUGGAAUUGGUGCCCAACAUUGAGCAGGACAUUAAUCAUGCGCGCACUCUGAUCAACCAGGCGGCCAAUGCCUUGGAGGGUGCCAACAAGAACGCCAAUGAGGCCAAGAACAAUGCACAAGAGGCACAGGAGAAGUAUGCCGAACAAGCAUCCAAGGAUGCAGAGUUGAUUCGUCGCAAGGCCAAUGAGACCAAGGUGGCAGCUCGUAAGCUGCGCGAUGAGGCUGAUCAGCUGAAUGGUCGCGUCAAGCUGACGGAAAUGAACAUCUUCCUCCUGGAGGACAAUUCAACCAAAGAUGAUAAUCUGGUGGACGAUGCCAAGCGCAAGGUGGGUCAAGCCAAGGCCAACACGCAGGAUGCUCAGAAGCAAAUUGAAAAGGCCAACGCUGAGCUGUCCGCCAUCAAGGAUGAGCUGGAGAACCUCAAGGAUAUCAACACCGCAGAUUUGGAUAAAUUGGAGAAUCGUCUGAGUGUGGUGGAGAGCGACAUCAAUCGCGUGAAUCUAACGGGACGUAUCGAAAAGUAUCGAGAACAGCGCAAUAUACAAAAGAAACUGAUCGAUAAAUAUGGUGACGAACUGAUCGAUCUGGAGAACGAGGUGGCAAACAUUCGCCAAAUAUCAGAAGCACUGCCCGCAGGUUGCUUUAGACGCAAUCGUCUAGAGCCGUAGACUCAUCUACAUUAAUUAAAAUAAUGAAUGCACUACCAACUACCAACUACUUCAAUUAACAUCUAAGUACCAGGCGAAGACGAACAAAUCAAAGUCGAAAUCGGAAAUCGCAUAUCGCAAAUCGAAUUAGCCCUUAGCCGUUGAAUGAAAUUAUAGAGUUUUAGUCUUAUAGCUGAAAUAUUGUGUUUAGUAAAAGAAGAGAAACAAAAACAAAACGACAAACGAGAAACCAGAUAAACAAAACUAAGAAAUGUUAAGCUUUAAUGCAUCAGUCAUAUACAUCAUUGAUUAUAUCGAAGCAUGAUGCCCAACUUCAAAAUGUUCUUAACUGCCAAUUGUGCUUUAAAUUCAAGCCAGCCAUGGACGACUGUAUUAUAUAUUGAAAACUGUGCCGUGUACAAUUCCCUCAAGCAAUCCUCUCCAAAUCAAUUGCAUUUCUUUAAAUAUAUAUCCCAAAACUAUUCUACUCUAUUACGUACAUAUAUUAACAUAUUUUUCAUCUACGUUUAAUGUGCCAAUUACAAUAUUUUCACUGUGUUUAAGUCGAUUUACCUUAAAAAUACGAUUAAUAAAAGUUUUCCAACGUUGUAAUCUAUAAAUGUAAUUUAUGC